AUGCCGUUCCCAUUUGGCAAGUCUCACAAAUCUCCGGCAGAUAUUGUGAAGAACUUGAAGGAGAGCAUGGCUGUCUUGGAAAAGCAGGACAUUUCUGACAAAAAGGCAGAAAAGGCUACAGAAGAAGUUUCCAAAAAUUUGGUUGCCAUGAAAGAAAUUCUGUACGGCACAAAUGAGAAGGAGCCUCAGACAGAGGCGGUGGCCCAGCUGGCCCAGGAGCUGUACAAUAGCGGGCUCCUCAGCACCCUGGUGUCCGACUUACAACUCAUCGACUUCGAGGGCAAAAAAGACGUGGCUCAAAUUUUCAACAAUAUUCUCAGAAGACAAAUUGGUACAAGAACUCCUACUGUUGAAUACAUCUGCACCCAACAGAAUAUUUUGUUCAUGUUAUUGAAAGGGUAUGAAUCUCCAGAAAUAGCUCUUAAUUGUGGGAUAAUGUUAAGAGAAUGCAUCAGACAUGAACCACUCGCAAAAAUCAUUUUGUGGUCAGAACAGUUUUAUGACUUCUUCAGAUAUGUUGAAAUGUCAACAUUUGACAUAGCUUCAGAUGCAUUUGCUACAUUCAAGGAUUUGCUUACAAGACAUAAAUUACUCAGUGCAGAGUUUUUGGAACAACAUUAUGAUAAAUUUUUCAGUGAAUAUGAAAAGCUACUUCAUUCAGAAAAUUAUGUGACAAAGAGACAGUCACUGAAGCUUCUGGGUGAGCUGCUGUUGGACAGACACAACUUCACUAUUAUGACGAAGUACAUCAGUAAGCCUGAGAACCUCAAGCUAAUGAUGAACCUCCUCCGAGACAAGAGCCGCAACAUCCAGUUCGAGGCCUUCCACGUGUUCAAGGUGUUUGUAGCCAACCCCAACAAGACACAGCCCAUCCUAGACAUCCUCCUCAAGAACCAGACCAAACUCAUCGAGUUCCUCAGCAAGUUUCAGAAUGACAGGACCGAGGACGAGCAGUUCAAUGAUGAGAAGACCUACUUAGUCAAGCAGAUCAGGGAUUUGAAGAGAGCAGCUCAGCAGGAGGCCUAGGUUCCGCAAACCCUGCAUCCCUUCCCAGCCCAGCACCUGCUGUCGGCUCCUCAGCACCGGGCACUCUCAUCGACUGUGAGGAGCACUCCUGCUAAUCUGCUGUUAAGUGAACGGUUUUUCAUUUUACCUUUUUGUUUUUCAGUCCAGGUUGGAGAACGUAGCUGCUGCUGCUUGCACAUUAGAGCGCACGUGGUCUUUCUUUCCCUUGAUCUCUGUGUCAUUUCAGAACUCACAGACUCCAUUUGCUACAGGAGUUCUGAACAUGGCUGGGUUCACGAAGGCAAAUAUACAGUGAGAGUGGUCUAGGGAAAAGACGGCGGUGAUAGCAUCGCUGACCCUGCCUGUCCAUCGGCACUGCUCUCUGCAGGUCUGUGCAGUAUGAGAGAUCAUCCAACUCUGCCGCAGGAAGAUGGCGGAUGCAGGGAUUGCUGGAGAUCAGAAGGGAGAACUGUAUCCAGUGCGAGCUUUGGGGAGGAUAAAGUUGAUGUGCAAAUAAAUUGAUACUGAAACUUAGCAACUUCUCAAGUGUGGAGCUUCAUAAGGUCAUAAGAAAGUGUAUGUGUGCUUUCUCACAGCUUUCUAGAACUUUUUGACAUAUGAUUUUCUUGAAACUUGUAAACCUGGAUAUGUUGAAGGGUGUUUGUUAAUUUUACUUUUGAAGGUGUUUUAAAACAUUAGAGCUAGCAACAACACCUUAUGUUUCAUUUCAACACUGCUUACAGGUUUCUUUUGUAUAUAAUUCUUAGAAUGCUCAUUUCUUUUAAAUCGUUUAAUUUGUACAGCAGAGGAAUGUUAUUGUAGUAGUAUGUAACUAUUACCUGAGUUUUGCAAAAAAAAAAAAAUGCUCAUAUGUAAUUGAAAUACUUGAGAUUACAUGAAAAUGCUGAUUUUAACAUUUAAGGAUCACAGCAUUAAAAGAAAAAGAACCAAUCCCUUGUAUUCAGUUACCCAAUGGGGCACCGUUGGCAGGCAGAACUACAUACCUGGAACUCGGUCUGCUACAGAUUCUUGCAGAAUAUUGGCCUUAUUCAUUUAAAAUGAGUCCUAAGAUUGCCAUAUCUAUGAAUGAUACAGAUUAUGCUAAAUAAUGCUGAUUUUUUUUUUUGUGGGGGGGACCUCUUGUAGAGCACCCUUUCUUUCUUAGAGUAAGUAAUAUCCAGUACAGUAGUCGUGAAACUGAAUAAUUAAAACUUUGGCUUCUCUUAGGGAAAGAAGAGCCCUGGUCCUAGAUGUCCUCCGGGAGAUCGAUGGUUUUUAAUGUCCUUUUCCUUAAAUGCUGCAAAUUAUCAGUAUUUAUAAAGUAACUGAUUUUGCACCACUUUUUUUGACUGUGACCACAGCAGAACAAUGUCUCCUAGACUGUACCUACAUAAGGUUACUAGAAUGGUGUGACACACGAUCACAACUAACAACUUAAAAUCAGAAUUUGCCCGAUCAAUUCAGCAUGGCUGUAGCUGACUAAAAAAUUUACAUAAUUUAUUCUUUGCUAGCCUCUCUUACUAACUGAAUUAUUCAUUGGCCAGUAAAAGCUGCUGUUUUAGCUGGUUUUAAGGUUUCCUUCGAGGAAGUCAAGUCAGAAAAACCACUCCAGAAAAUACAGGUCUGUUCUAUUUCAUCUAAACGGCAGUCUACAAUAAAAGGUUUCCAAGGCUCUCUUUCCCGUGUGCGUGCGUGCGUGUAUGAUAAUUCAUGUUCUCUAGUAGAGAUAGAGAAAGCAUUCAAUCUCCUGGACAAGGAGAUCCUCAGCUGGGUGGGAGGCAGACUCAGCCGAGCUCAGUGACCCAGACCUUGCCUCUGUACUGUAAGUCAACGGCCAUUACCCCAAGUGGAAGGAGUGUCUCUUUGCCAAGCUAGCUCUUAGAACUUGAGACGACAGAACAGCUUCCACUUGGGCAAACACAGAGUAGUGCUAGAGUCUUGCUGUGGAGAGGGGCUGCAGUGUGUCAGAGAACUGUGUCACUAACGCAUUGAAGCUGAAGGCUCAGAAGGCUUUCUGGAUUGUUUUUAAACAGAACAAUGUGAAAACACUCAAGAUUGAAAAGUUGCAUUUAAAGUGUGAUCAUUUCCUAGGUUCCUAUUACCAGAAGAUUAUCCCGGGUGUGGUUUCUCUGGUGUUAGAAAGGGUUAAUUUGACUUAAGGCAGUUACGCAAUGUGAUUUUUUUUUUUAACCCUUAAAAAAAGUGGGAGAUGUAUACAAUUGUUAAUGACAUGCAAGUGUUUCCUUUCUCCUGAGGAAAAGUGAAUUUCUUAUCAGAAUAUCUGGCUGGCCCUGUAAUUUAAAUUAAAAUAAAAUUUUGGAGAAACUGU